AUGAGGAUCCACACUGGAGAGAAAGCAUACACAUGUGAUCAGUGCGGGAAGAGUUUCAGACAACAAGGACACCUUAAGGACCACAUGAACGUCCACAGUGUAGAGAAGCCGCACACGUGUGAUCAAUGUGGAAAGUGUUUCGCAUACAAACAGAGUCUCAAGGUUCACAGGAAGAUCCACACUGGAGAGAAAGCAUACACAUGUGAUCAGUGUGGAAAGCGCUUCAGACAAUCGGCACACCUUAAGGAGCACUUGAACAGCCACAAUGUAGAGGAGCUGCACACAUGUAACCAGUGCAACAAAACAUAUCUGUGGGCUUCAGGCCUGAAGAAGCACCUGAAAGUUCAUUCAAAGGAGAAACCAUAUUCAUAUUUUUUAUGUGGAAGCCAUUCAGAAGUCUGUCAGUGGGUGUUAACAGAUGCUGGAGACCAUGAAGAUGGAUGCAUAGAGGAAAUGGAGGAGAUAAUAGUGUGA